AUGAAGGCCAUUUCAGUCGCCCAGCUGGCAAUUUACAUUGUCCUAUCCUUUCCCGUUCUGUUCGUCCUCUACAAACAUGGCCGCCCGGGUCUGCUCGGAUGGAUCUAUCUCUUUGCGUUCUGCAUGCUGCGAGUUGUUGGAAGUGCAUUGGACAUUAGCGGAAGCACCUCUGCUAGUCUUAUUUCCAGUAUUGGUUUGUCGCCGUUGAUUCUUGGGACGUCCGGUAUUCUCCACGAAGGGCGAGAAUAUUUGAAAUCAGAUCGGGACCCCAAAAUGGGAUGGUUUUAUGUCCUCUUGUACAAAAUGCUGGUCCUGGGUGGUCUUGCCAUCCUUGCAGUGGGUAGUUCCGCUCUCCAAGGCUCUCACCCCAAGGAAUCCGACUUUACCCUCGUCAAAGUUGGAAUCAGUAUCAUUGUCUUCGCCUGGGUUGUUUUACUGGGUUGGACGGUAUUGACUAUUGGCCAAAGGAGUGCUCAGACUGAUCCUUUUGCUGUCCGGGCUGGUAAACAGCUGACAUGGGCGGUUCUAUUUGCGCUCAUCUUUAUUGGUAUUCGAGUCGUAUAUACCCUUGUCGCGCUGGUUACGAGCGAUCCGAGCCUCAGCCCAACGACUGGAUCAUUGACAAUACGGGUGGUGCUCUCAUUUCUGCCAGACCUCAUUAGUACCUUGAUUCUUGUGGGUGCGGGUUUCAUGACGAGACAUAUUAGGCGGGAUAUGAUGAACCGGGGAGUUGGUCGUGAGCUGUCACCUGGAUCGAAGGGCUAUCAGACGCAGGAGCGGCCGGUGAUUGUGUAG